AUGCAAUGUCAAGAAUGGAAUAUUGCGCACAUCGCGUUGGAUGUUACUAUAAAGCACAGGCUUACGUCAAUAAAAGCAAAGCUAGAUAAUAUCCGCAAGGCUUUCAAAUUAGAGAUUCUGGUGAGUCCCUCAAUCCAGCAUGCGAAGAACAUCAACGCACACACAGGACCAAUGGCGCUUAAGGGAGCCUCGUCGGAGGCUGCGGACGCUCUUCGCUCACUAGCGACAGAAAUAAAUGAUAUGCGAGAUGCCAGGGAAGAGGAUGAAAAGGAUAGGAAAGCUAUGCUAGAGAAACUUCGCCAGCUUCAGGACGACGUGUCAGAGUCGCGCCGCAACAUCUUGUCUCUGAAGCCGCUCCUAAAUACGACUCUGAAUAUAGUCUCAGUGCCUAACCCAAGUAUCUUGGUCAAGCUGUAUCAAGAUAUGACGGAGAUAGCACAAAUCCAGACGCUGUACAGUAUUGUUGAGAUAGACGGAUCCCUUUAUGCUGCCAUAGAAGACAUGGCACAGCACAUAAGCUUCGCGGAUGCUUUGGAGACAGGCUUUAUUGCUAAGCUAAGCCGCCUACAGAAACUCCAGAUCAGGCACAAGAUAGCGGCUACUCUCUUAGCUCUUUAUAGAGCUGAAAUUAUUCUUAAUAAGGGCAAAGCUUUCCAGAUUGCGAAGUGCUUGAAGAGUAAGCGUUCCAUCUCUAAAUCUGGUCAUAUAUGGUUUCCGCAUCCAGCAGAUCUAAGGUUUGAAGCUCUGGAAACAGAGAAACUAGCCCUGCCGUACCUUGACAUGGCCUAA